GGUCCGAGAUGGGCGUAUCACGGUGUCCAUUCUCUCUUGUUUACACUCGGUAAACAUGUUGUUUAUACUCUUUCUCUUCUCAAACUCCUUAGCCUCCGAAGUACCUUGGCUGCCGAAAUGCUGUCCUUCAGGCAUGCAGAUGGCUGGGGAUGGGAAGUCUUGCGUGGAGGACGCUGGAGUCAACCUCAGCUACAACAUCAGUAACUCCAUCUUCCCUGACACUCUUACAGUCGUCAUCAACGACAUGAACGUAUCCUAUCUUCUGGAGCACCGCAGCAAGUUCAACUGUGUCAGGCAGGAGGUUUUUGUGAUCAAAGACGACCUAGAGGUGCGAGGCGAGGAGGUGGUGGUGACCGACGACCACGGCGACCCCUGGGUACUCGCCCGCGGAGAGAUGUGUGUGGACAGCUUACAUCUGCCUGGGUUGGUACCGGAGAGGUUGUACGUCGCUCUGCUAUGCCCAGACUGUAAGAGGUUCCAGUGUGUCCACAAAUGCUGCCCGGAGUCCAAGGAUCUUCAGGUUAGCGAUGACGGUGGUAUGGUCGACUGUGUUCCUUCUGACACCUCCUGGACUGACGACGUCCUUCGUAGAGAUAACCGUCGACCAUUCCUGAUCCACGGGUUCCCCGAGUGUUCCAACCAGUUGUACCUGGAGUACACCUCCUCCUGGAACGUCCAGGAUGACACCCUGUUGCUCGGGGAGGCCAGGGUGCCCAGGGCCCACUACUGUGUGGACCGUACCUCGCGGGGCUCCGCCCUGCUGGCUUGUCGUCUCCCGCCUACCCUAAAGCCCGCGGUGUACGGAGGCCUGUUCGUCCUGGGGGCCGUGUUCCUCGGUAUCACCCUGGUCCUGCACCUCUGGCUGCCGGAGCUCCGCAAGAGUCUGCACUCCCGGGUGUUGGUGGCCCACGUCGCUUGUCUGCUGGCAGGCUAUGUAGGACUGGCUGUUGUCAACCUGGCCCCGCUACCGGCGCCCUCCUGCGCAUGCUCCGUCACUGCCUUUACUAUACAGUUUGCGAUCCUGGCUGCUAUGUUCUGGCUCAAUGUUAUGUGUGUGGACAUUGCAUGGACCUUCAGUGGCCUGAGAGCCCCAAAAGGUUCCCAGUCCCUGGACAGUGAUGGACACAAGUUCAUCUACUACUCUCUGUUUGCUUGGGGAGGUUCUGCCGCAUUCUCUGGAAUCACCGCAUUUCUGGAGUUCAGCCCUGCAGUUCCCUCCAUGUCAAAGUUCAAACCAUCUUUUGGAACCACUCGCUGCUGGUUUGAACACUGGGAGUCGGUCCUGUUGCUUGUAUAUGGUCCGAUGGGUCUACUGCUGAUAGCUAACCUGGCACUCUUUAUCUACACGGCUGGCAAGAUACGCCAGACGCACCGAGACACUGCCAACAUAGUGCAGCAUGCCGGCUCUAAGCUGCGUCAAGAUACUAACAGGCUUUUGGAUGUUGAAUCUAUCUACAAUGGGACAACAGCAAAUAAAACUAUAAGGUUCAGCCUGUACCUGAAACUGUUCGGGUUGAUGGGUGUGACCUGGGUGUUUGAGCUGAUAUCAUGGGUGGCCGGGGGCUCCGAGAGCUACUGGUAUGUCACAGACGCCAUCAACGCUCUCCGCGGGGUUUUCAUCUUCAUUUUGUUCUGCUGCAAGGAAAAGGUUCUGGGGCUGGUCAAAGCCAAGCUGCACAUUGGGAAGACACCGAAGUUCCCGAAACAUCCUCGCAAGUCCCAGGCAUCAUCCAAGAUGACGUCCAGCAUCACUUCUCAGAGGACCAACUCCAUCCAGCUCUCUCAGGUGUCCUGACUACAGCCAAACGCCCAACAUACAUCCAAUCUAGUCUCUGUGUCAAGUGUCCCAGUCUAAGACUGAUCGUGUAGAAGACUGAAAGUAGUUUAGUGUCGUCAAAGAUGUUUCUGUGAUUGCAUGCAUUUGUUGUUGAAAAUCAUAACAUAGAUAUAUAGGUGUGAAAAAAAGAAUAUAGCAUUGUUAACAUUGUGUUUCUAUAUUUUUCUGUCAAUGUGGUUGAAGUGUUAUUUGUUUAACUCUUUUCUAACAAAUGUCAUGUGACAUAUUGUCUUUGAUUUCAAAUUGCCUUUUUUGGACUUUAUGCUCACUCCCAAUUAUCAAAAAGUUCAUAAUUUAAAAUACAAUACACGUACUCUUCUCAUUGGCAACUUUUUCCUUUCUUUCAAUCUUCAAGAAAGAUAGAUUAAACUUUCCUGUCUAUUUCUGCCUAUUUCCUUGUUCAUUAUAAGACCUUGGGGUUUCCUAAUUAAUGUGAUGUAUUGAGUACAACCUUUUUGGUUUGAGUAGAUUCUCAAACUUACAAAACUGAAACUACGAAUGUCGAAUUACGAGUAUAUGGAAAGAGACAAUAUAAAAACCAUCUAAUUGUUAAAACAAAAAAAACCUGGUCUUAUAAAAUGGCCACUUCAAGUACAAUAACACAUGGACCAACCAUAUCUUAUGGUCAGGAUAAAUGUACAGUGAAAAUGUUGAAAGUACAAAGUUUUUAUAAGGUAUGAUCUCAGAAUGAUCUUCCUCAAGUCCCAACAACCAUAACACAAUUAUUAUUGUAUUACAAAAAUAUUGUUAUUAAAUUUGGUUCGGUACUUUGCCCUGUUUGCUAAGGAAGUGCCCCUUAAAAGGUUGCCUCUUCUCACACACAUGCUCUCACCACACAGAGGCAAGGGGUUGGGACUGGUACCACAAAAAUUGUGAGUGUAUCUUUUCAUUGUUUACAAUAUGUAAAACAAAAAAGUUAAUGUAUACCAAUGUUUGCUCUUAAUAUUGUAUCUUAAUAUAUAUCGUAAAUUGUUGUAAAAAUAAUGAAAAUGCAUAAUGAAUGUUAAAAGAAAAUAUAUAUUUUUGUUGUCUAUGA